GUGGGCCCCACUCCCCCUCCCCCUCUCCCUGUCCGCGUGUGCAUGCGUGCGCGUGUUUAUAGCCGCGCGCCUCCUCCUCCUCCUCCUCCUCUCCUUUCUCUCUCUAAACCUCACUCCUCUCUCUCUCUCUCUUUCUCUCUCUCUUCUCCGAGCAGCUCCGGGAGAUCGAUCUCGCGGCUUCGGCAUUGCGCGGCGGAGCGUAGUGGAGGUGAGAUGAGAUGAGGGUUGUUGUUGUUGUUGUGCUGCUCGUUGCCUGCUCGGCCGUCGCUGGCAUCGGCGGGGGGGCGGCGGCGUUGGAUUUCUCCGGCGAUGGCGGAGGCUUCGGCGGGGAGGGGGUGAGGACGGCGGCGGUGGCGGUGGACCCGGGGUGGCGGUUCCCGAGCUCCCGGAUGCGGGACGCGUACGUGGCGCUGCAGACGUGGAAGCAGGAGGCCAUCUUCUCCGACCCCAACAACCUCACCGCCGACUGGGUGGGGCCUGAGGUGUGCAACUACACCGGCGUGUUCUGCGCGCCGCUGCCGUCGGAUAAGCGGGUGGUCGCCGUCGCCGGGGUGGAUCUUAACCACGGGGACAUCGCCGGGUACCUCCCGCCGGAGCUCGGCCUGCUCGGUGACCUCGCGCUGCUGCACCUCAACUCGAAUCGCUUCUGCGGCGUGCUCCCGCACACGCUCCGCCGCCUCCGCCUCCUCCACGAGCUCGAUCUCAGCAACAACCGCUUCGUCGGCCCGUUCCCCAGGGUCGUGCUCGACAUGCCAGCGCUCCGGUUCCUCGACCUCCGGUUCAACGACUUCGAGGGCGGCGUGCCGAGCCAGCUGUUCGACAAGCCGCUCGACGCCAUCUUCCUAAACCACAACCGCUUCCGCUUCGACCUCCCGGACAACUUCGGCAACUCGCCGGUCUCCGUCAUCGUCCUCGCGCACAACAGCUUCGGCGGCUGCCUCCCGGCGAGCCUCGGCAACAUGUCCGGGACGCUCAACGAGAUCUUGCUCAUCAACACCGGGCUCAGCUCCUGCCUGCCGCCGGAGAUCGGGAUGCUGCGGGAGGUGACGGUGUUCGACGUGAGCUUCAACCAGCUCGCCGGCCCGCUGCCGUCGGCGGUGGCUGGGAUGAGGAAGGUCGAACAGCUGGACGUCGCGCACAACCUGCUCACCGGCACGAUACCGCAGGCGGUGUGCGAGCUGCCGCGACUCAAGAACUUCACCUUCGCGUACAACUUCUUCACCGGCGAGCCGCCGUCCUGCGCGCGCGUCGUGCCGCGGGACGGUGACCGGACCAACUGCCUCCCGAACCGCCCCGCCCAGCGGACGCCGCAGCAGUGCGCCGCGUUCUACGCCCGUCCUCCCGUCAACUGCGCCGCGUUCCAGUGCAAACCCUUCGCCCCGGCCCCUCCUCCACCUUCGCCACCGCCGCCUUCCCCUCCUCCACUUUCGCCACCACCGCCAUCCCCUCCUCCACCUACGCCUUCACCGCCCCCGCCAUCCCCACCGCCACCAUCCCCUCCGCCACCAUCGCCACCCCCGCCAUCACCACCGCCGCCUUCACCACCUCCGCCGUCACCGCCUCCACAUUCACCACCUCCGCCAUCGCCUCCACCGCCUGCGCCAAUCUACCACCCACCGCCACCACCGGCCUCACAUCCACCAUGUCCCCAGCUACCGCCGCCGCCGCCGCCACCGCCACCCUGUGGCUCAACGCCAGCAUUGCCACCACCACCACCACCAUAUUACCCCGGCCCAUGGCCACCAGUCCAUGGAGUACCAUAUGGAUCACCACCUCCUCCUCAACAACACCCUGGCUCAUGGCCACCCGUCCAUGGCGUACAAUAUGGAUCACCACCACCUCCUCCGCUCCAUUGAUAGAAUUCUCUAAAGGAAAAACGGUGAAAGGAUACUUGUUCUGCUCCCGUCCUCGCCUCCGGCAAUCGUCAGCAGCAGCGCAAUUCGUCACAGGCAUACAUUCUCGUUAUCAUGCUUAACUACUCGUGUUCUUGGUUGACGAUUGCAGGCGUGAAGAAAGUAGUAAGGUGCACAAAAAUUUUGUUGAUUAUGAUUUGUCGGUGUUCAUUGAUGCGAAAACAGUUUGUGCUGCUGUCGUGUUGAAAGGGAUUGGAGGUGGUGUGGUGGGGGGAUUUGGAUGAUUUGGGAACAUAUGAUUGAUGGCUAAUUGGGUUGUGAAUAAUAAUGAAAAGUUUGAGAGGGACAGGAGGAUUUGGCUGAGGAUUUUAGUUGCACGGAUAUAUGUGGUUGUAUAGAGGGAAUCAUGGGUUCAGUUCAGUUAAAUUCAGUAAGACAUAAGUUUAGAACAAAAGGAUUCUAUGUUAUUUCUUCCUUCUGUAUCAACAGUUUACUUCUGGCUAUUCAAUUCUUAUAUUAUUUA